AAAACAUAACUGAAUGGUUUAAAUGUAACUUAUGGUUUGGUGUGGGUCGGUUUGAGCUUGGUCGGUUCGGUUCAAAUACCCACCCCUUUUAGUGAUUCAUUUUGGCGCCUAGGGUUCUUAUUUGUGAUUCCCAAUUCGUUUGUAUCUAUCUUCUCGCUUGCGAUUUCCCAGAAAAAUUGUCGUUUUUGGUCUCUGAUUAACUUCAAAAGGUCUGUGUUUUUGGCGAGAAAUUGGUGGUGGAGCAUUCAUAGCUAAUUCAAACAAGAACAAAAUCACUAGGGUUUAGAGUUCUGGAAUUUGGGAUUAACCAGUAGUUAUAUACGAGUCAUUACAGUUUUCUCGUUUCUUUGGGUUUCAUUCAGAUCAAUUAAUGGUUUCUGGAACUUCUCCAAAUGCUGUGUAAUGCCUCAUAAUGCUUUACUAGAAUCAACUUGUUGUAGGAUCCGUAUAAAGGACUGUCUUUUAGUUGCCUGAACAGUGUGAAUUCGAUGGAUUUGUCUUCUGAUCAUGUUGUUAUGAAGCUUGUUGAAAUGGGUUUUGAAAAGUUGGAUGCUUUGGAUGCUGUGAAAGCUGUAGGUGGUAAGUCAUGUGAUGAUGCUGUGGAGUAUAUUUUGAAGGGACAUGAUAGAACUGGUGGAUCUGCGCCGGCUAGUUCAUUAUGUUCUAUAGGGAGUAAUAAGAUUCUUGGUAAAAGAGCUAUGCCAUCUUCGUUUUCUUCGGGUUCAAAGCGUCAGUCUAGUUUGCUUGACCAUUUUAGAUCUGUGGACCAGAACAAGAAAAAAGGCAACACCUUUGGGAUUGCAGAAGUGAAUUCUCAGUUAGAAACGGUGUCCGAUACUUCUAAAGAGCAGAUAAAGUCUCUUGCUCCAGUGUUUUUGGAGUCUAGUUGUUUUCCUGAAACAGAAUUGUCAAAUGGUUGCUCUGAGGCUUCAUCAACGUGGGAGACAAGAGUUAACUCUAUACUACAAAACCGUUUUGGUAUUUCAUCCCUGAGAAGUUUCCAAAGAGAGGCUUUGUCAACAUGGGUUGCUCAUGAGGACUGUCUUGUUCUAGCUGCAACGGGAUCUGGGAAAUCUCUUUGUUUCCAGAUUCCUGCAUUACUAACUGGAAAAGUUGUUGUUGUAAUUUCACCUUUGAUAAGCCUGAUGCAUGAUCAAUGCCUCAAGCUAUCAAGGCACAGAGUCUCUGCUUGUUUUCUUGGUUCAGGCCAACUUGAUACUUGCAUAGAAGAAAAAGCAAUGCAGGGAAUGUAUCAGAUUAUAUAUGUUUGCCCUGAGACAGUGGUUCGACUGAUUAAACCACUCCAGAAGCUUGCAAAGACUCAUGGAAUUGCUCUUUUUGCAAUUGAUGAAGCGCAUUGUGUAUCAAAGUGGGGACAUGAUUUUCGUCCGCACUACAGGAGAUUAUCUGUGUUGCGGGAAAACUUCUGUGCCAGCAAUUUGGAAUUCUUGGAAUACGAUGUACCGAUAAUGGCAUUGACUGCUACAGCCACAGUUCACGUACAGGAAGAUAUUGUUGAGUCACUUCACCUGUCAAAGGAAACACAAACUGUGCUUACUUCAUUUUUCAGGCCAAAUCUACAAUUUUCAGUUAAACAUAGUCGAACCAAGUUUGCAUCUUCAUAUGCAAAGGACUUCCAAAACUUAAUUGACUUAUACUCUGAAAAGAAAAAGUCUACCGGGAAAAAGCUAGCAGUAAUCUCACGAGAGUCAGAGGAGCAGACUGAUUUUGGUUAUCACGAUGCUCAAAACAUCCAUGAGACAGAUUAUGAUGAGGAUGAAGAGGAUCAAGAAAACUCUCUGGCAAAGAAAAACAGUUCAAAUGGGAAAGAAUUGUCAGAAGAGUAUCUGGAAGAUGAAACCGACAUUUUCCAGAGUGUUGAUGAUUGGGAUGUGGCUUGUGGCGAGUUUUGCGCAAUGCCUCCUUGUGAACUCCUGGAUGUACCUAUCCCUUCUGAAAAGCAAAAGGAUUUGGAAGGACUGACAAUCAUAUACGUUCCUACAAGAAAGGAGAGUGUCAACAUUGCUAAAUAUCUUUGUGGGGUUGGACUGAAGGCUGCAGCUUAUAAUGCAUCGUUGCCAAAAAAACAUCUUAGACAAGUUCACCAGGAUUUCCACGAAAAUAAGCUUCAGGUUGUUGUUGCCACAAUUGCGUUUGGAAUGGGAAUUGACAAGAAAAAUGUUCGGAAAAUCAUCCAUUAUGGUUGGCCGCAGAGCUUGGAAGCAUACUACCAAGAAGCUGGUCGAGCUGGAAGAGAUGGCGAAUUGGCUGAGUGUGUGCUCUAUGCUGAUCUAUCGAGAGCACCAACGCUUUUGCCAAGCCGUAGGAGCAAAGAACAGACAGAGCAAGCAUAUAAGAUGCUAUCUGAUUGUUUUAGAUAUGGAAUGAAGACUUCACAAUGUCGAGCGAAAAUACUCGUGGAGUACUUUGGGGAAGAUUUUAGUUCCAAGAAGUGUAACUUAUGUGAUGUUUGCACUGAAGGGCCUCCGGAGCAAGUAAAUGUACGAGAGGAAGCUAAUCUUUUGUUUCAAGUAAUCAAUGCUUUUCAUUUGCAGGUAGACAAUGACUCUGAGCAUGCACCAUAUGAAGAUUAUGGACUCGGCAACAGCAAACAAAAGAAAUUAUCCCACAAGCCAAAUCUUCUGUUCUUCAUCAGUAAAAUCAGGGAACAGUGUCAAAAAUUCAAGGAAACAGAUUGUCUUUGGUGGAAAGGUCUUGCCCGUAUCAUGGAAGCCAAGGGGUACAUCAAAGAGAUGGAUAACAAGGAUCGUCGAGUUGAGAUUAAAUUUAUAAAACCAACAGAAAAAGGGAAGAAGCAACUAGAUUUCGAAGAUGACAAACCACUCUAUGUUUAUCCAGAAGCCGACAUGCUACUUUCGUUGAAACAAGACAGAACAUACAGCGGAUUCUCUGAAUGGGGAAAAGGAUGGGCAGAUCCAGAGAUCCGGCGCCAGCGGUUAGAGAGAAGAGAAAGGAAGCCCCGAAGAGAAAGGAAACCCCGAAAAAAGCGAACACGAGGACCUUCUUCGAAGAAGUUGCAUCCAUGGAGAAGCAAAGAAUAAUAAUCUCAACCCUCUUAAGUAAUGAAUCUACUUUAUAUAUUCUUCUCUUUUACCAAACCCAUUAAUCCAUUCAUGGAUCUUUAUGGAACCAUCCUACUUCUAUCUACAAUUGCUCUUUCGGGCUCCUUCUUCUUUGCUUUCAAUCCCAUAUUGAGGCAGAGACAUCGCGCCAUCGAGAAGUUAAAACUCGUAAAUGAGGCUUUGGUCGCUGCGGAAGAGAAUGUAGCAAGACUUCAAGAACGUCAUGAUGUGAUCCUCAAAGAGAUAUGUUCUUAUUAUCUCGUUAACACCGAGCUCCAUGAAGCUUUGGUUUCAGCUCGUGCAGCCAUUAAUGAUGCUUCUUCAUUUGUCAUGGAGCUUAGAAAAUUACAGUUGAAUAUCUUAAACUCUUUUUCUUAAUCAAGUUUUUUGGUGCUUAUUACGCUAAUUAAAAUUAGAGUUUGGGUUUAUUAUUAUUUUUCAUUUUCCGAAUUAACAUGUUCACAACUCUUUUUUUU